UGAUACUCUCUCUCUUCAUUUACAGAUGGUCCUGAGGCCCCCUUGAAGGGGCUCACCAGCGUGCAUAGGUUCUUCAUCUAGAAGUUCAUUAAGUGUACUGUUUGUUCUUCUGCCCCUUGGGAGCCAAGGACCCAUCCUGCCCUGUUCAGUGGCCCUGCUCACCAGAAGUGCCUUCCCUGGGUCCAGCAUGAACUGGAAGGUCCUGGAACAUGUGCCCUUGCUGCUGUACAUCCUGGCAGCAAAAACCCUGAUCCUCUGCCUGACCUUUGCGGCCGUCAAGAUCUACCAGAGGAAAAGACUGGAAGCAAAGCAGAAAACACUGGAAAGAGCCAGGAAACAGCCAGAAGAGAAGAAGAAAAAUGAAUGACCCGAAAUUUUGCCAUGGAAAUAUUAAGGCAGGUGGAUGGAUUUCAGCAGACUGGAGAGAGUACAGAGACUGAUGAAAGAUGUGUCCAAAGACAAACUUCCAACCUAGAGUUUGAACUUCAUGUGAUGUGGAGCUUUGUAUGCUUCUAACAGAGCUGGUAUUUUUAUUAAAACAAAAAUUCCUUUGUAAAAAAAA